GCACAGUCAGUGUUCGGAGUGUUUCACAGCUUCCAGCGCAUCCUUGUGAAAGCUUUUAUAGUUGGGCCGUAAUUUACGGUUUGCCCGCUUCAGGGCCGCGGUGCGUACGUCGGUGCGUAAUUUAAGGUUGAGAAAUUUGAAAGGUUGGAAAAUACCAUUUCCAACAUAUCGUUCGAAUCGUGCCACCACACUUUACAUCGGGGGAUGGCUUAAAAGCCUUUUAAUAAGAGUGAAAACCGCAGGAAGUGACGCACAUCGGUACCAUCCGGGGCACGGAGCGGAAGUAACAGCUGCCAAAUGGGAAAUGAUUUGGUGCAAUCGAUAAUAAACUUUGCGCCCGCAAACCAAUAGUAAAGGUGGGAAAGUAGUAGUAGUAGUGUGUGAUUGGUGUGUCGAGGCCUACUAUUAUUACGCUCAUAUGCUAUAAGCGAGCGGGAGGAAACCGAACAAAGAACGCCGAAUCCGCGAAACACAACAAUACCAACCGUGGACGAAGGCAGGCACACAGAUUGAAGGUAGCCCAACGAAUUAAAAACCCUCCUCCAACUCCAGCACGCCAUGUCCGUCAAGUUCGUCUGUUUGGUGGUGGCCCUGUUUGGGAUUAGCUGUACGGCGGUAACGUUGGGCCACAGCAGCCGGGCCAGCCAGACGGCGGGGGGAGGCGAUGUGUUUACCAGCUCCUUUCUGGUUCGGUUCAAACGCAGCCUGGACAAACAGUUGGUGCACGAAAUAGCAGCACGGAAUGGGUUCCAAAAUUUGGGCGAGCUUCCUGGCAGCAAUGGCAAGGAGUUUCACUUCAAGCAUACAACUCUACCACUGGUACGCACCAGGCGAAGCAUCUCCCAUACGCGAGUGCUUAAAAAGGAACCGCUGAUACACACGGCGGUACAGCAGCCAGGAUUUAAGCGCGUCAAGCGUGGCUUCCGUCAUGCGGUACCGCUAAACUACAUUCCGGACAAGGCACCCGGGUACGGUGGGGAAAAUGUACCGACCGAUCCGUACUUUCCGUUUCAAUGGUACUUGAAAAAUACAGGGCAAAAUGGCGGCAAAGCCAAACUCGAUUUAAAUGUACUAGCUGCGUGGGACCAAGGCAUUACCGGGAAAAACAUUACGACCGCCAUCAUGGACGACGGCGUUGAUUAUAUGCAUGCGGAUCUGAAGUUUAAUUAUAAUGCCGAAGCGAGCUACGAUUUCAGCAGUAACGAUCCGUUCCCAUAUCCUCGCUAUACGGACGAUUGGUUCAAUAGCCAUGGUACGAGAUGUGCUGGUGAGGUGGCCGCAGCCCGGGACAACGGUAUUUGCGGUGUUGGUGUGGCGUACGAUUCGAAAAUAGCCGGUAUACGGAUGCUGGAUCAACCGUACAUGACCGAUCUGAUUGAGGCGAACUCGAUGGGUCACGAACCGCACAAGAUACACAUCUACAGCGCAUCCUGGGGACCGACAGACGAUGGGAAAACGGUCGACGGUCCACGGAACGCAACAAUGCGCGCGAUCGUACAGGGUGUGAAUGAGGGCCGCAAUGGGUUGGGCAACAUUUACGUGUGGGCGUCCGGUGAUGGCGGCGAGGAGGACGAUUGUAACUGUGACGGGUAUGCGGCAUCGAUGUGGACCAUUUCGAUCAACAGUGCGAUCAAUGAUGGACAGAAUGCGCACUACGACGAAAGCUGUAGUUCCACGCUGGCCAGCACGUUCAGCAAUGGUGCGAAAGAUCCAAACACCGGUGUGGCCACUACGGAUCUUUACGGCAAAUGUACAACAACACAUUCGGGUACGAGUGCUGCGGCACCGGAAGCGGCAGGAGUUUUCGCACUAGCACUGGAAGCGAAUCCAUCAUUGUCCUGGCGCGAUAUGCAACAUCUUACCGUGCUGACGUCGAAGCGGAAUUCACUGUUUGAUGCCAAGAAUCGAUUCCAUUGGACGAUGAACGGUGUCGGAUUGGAGUUUAACCAUCUGUUCGGAUUCGGUGUGCUGGAUGCCGGUGCUAUGGUAGCGUUGGCGAAGAAAUGGAGAACAGUUCCGCCCCGAUAUCACUGCGAGGCUGGUGCAAUCACACAGAUACAUCGGAUACCUUCGUCGGGUUCGCUGUAUCUGCCAAUCAAAACGAACGCAUGCAAAGGAACCGACACUGAAGUACGCUACCUGGAACACGUACAGGCCGUUAUUACCGCGAACGCUAGCAGACGCGGAGAUUUGGAACUUUUCCUAACGUCUCCAAUGGGCACAAGAUCGAUGAUACUAAGCAAACGGGCCAAUGAUGAUGACCGUCGGGAUGGUUUUACAAAAUGGCCUUUCAUGACGACACACACCUGGGGCGAAUAUCCACAAGGAACUUGGAUGCUGGAGGCCACAUUCAACUCACAGGAAAGUCGUACCGGAUGGAUCAAAGAGUUUUCGCUCGUACUGCACGGCACCAAGGAUCCACCGUACCAGACUCUGUCACCGGCAUCGCCACACUCCAAGUUGGCUAUUGUAAAGAAAGCUCAUGAGGAUAAGGACGGCAAUUAAAAAAAUGUAACCUUCUACCGUCUGCAUUACAAACAAAAAAAAAGGAAAAUGCAUACCAACACGAACACGUAACCGCACACGUACACACAGGCAGACACAGACAUAUAUACAAACAUAAACAGUACAGCAGCACAUUCUACAAAAUACGCACCAAUGGUGUCCAGGAUGGCAACAUUGCGCAUAUAUAGAUCUAUAUAUAUAUUUAUACAUAUGGAUGUUUGUAGUAUUUAUGUUCAUGGGGGUAGCUGAGAGGAAUAUCUUACCUAUAGAGCAGCUUUCCAACAUCUAAUCAAUGAACGCACGAACAACACAAGAUAAACACCUAUCAGUCUUCUGCUUAGCGGAAGUUAAGUGAACUGGCGCUGGAAAAAUAUAACUCAAUACGUUUCUUCGAACACAGGUAGCCGCGUGGUCUGAUCUACAGGUGUGGCAGGGAUGAGCAGGAGAGAGUCGCUAGUGUGCAGGGAAGCCAAAAAACAAGCGUGUCUAGCGGGGCACUGGUUCUGAUUGUUGUCUAUUUAUAUGUAGGAGACGAAACAAACAAAGCACCCGUUAUUUCUAUGAAGAUUCUAAUGGUUCCGUUCGGUUCGUUUAUCCAUCCGUUAGUCCGUAUCAACUCCAUCAUUCGUCCUCUAAGCGUAUUAAUUUGUAUAUAGACAUAUAAAAUACAAUGCAACUAUAUUUACUGAACCGUUUCACAAAUGAUUUUCAAAGUGCUAUUGUUACCGGUCGGGCAAGAGUGCAAACUUGGUAAAUAUACAUAUACUGUCCUCAAAUCAGCAGCAGCAGCAGCAACAACAACCACAGUAGCAGCAACGAUGGAGCAGUAGUAGUAUCACCAAAACACAGUAAGAACAAUAACAUCGUCAGCAGCUAAAAUCAUUAUGUGAACCAAUAAAUUUCAUCUUUGAUAAUAUAAAUAAAGGAAUGCAUUUGAACACCUA